UGCGCGGAGCUGCCAGGAAAGUGAUGGACCUGGUAGCGCAGCCUCUCAAAGCCCUGAGCGAGGCGGUCAAGCGCAUCCUGAAGAACAUCAAACAGGCCGUGAGGACGCUGCGCACCAUGCUACUCUCCAUCAAGAAGUCCGUGAUGGCGGUGUGUAAGUCUUUUGAUGCUCAUGGUCGCGGCUGAGCACAAAAAGGUUGGAUGACCCGUCGUGUGUAUUUAGCGAAGUGCCUCGCUUUGCUCCGACCCCUUCCCAGACCACGCGAUCAAGGCGGCUUUCUCGUGGCUGAGUGGUGUGGUAUCCGUCUGCAACAAGAGUGUGGGCACACCCUUCCAGAAGUGCAUGCGGUCCUUUGACCAGGCCUCUUCGGACUGUUUGGCGACAAUGGGCUCGAUGUUUUCCUGGAUGUGCAGCCCGGUGACGGCAAUCCAGGCCGUGUGCUACACCGUUAAAUUUCUGGACUACAUUUGCGACUUUUUCGACCUCGUCACCAACCUGGUGGUCGAGAGUGUCAAAAAGAAGCUGCGCGCCUUCGGACGCCACGUCCAGCGGGCGCUGUACGUGUCAGUAGACAUCGAGCACUCCUUCGAGCUGCAGACGAACCGCAGCAAGACGCUGUCACAGGUCGCGCAGGACAUCGGCGAGGACAUCCGGGAGCGGUCCGACGCGCUGCUCGGCACGUUCGGCCUCAUCAACAGCGCGCUGAGCCUGUGCUUCCUGCUCGUGUUCGUGCGCGUCUACCUCUACCGCUACAAGUUCCUCACGCGGAUCCACUUCGACAACCGCUUCGUGACGGACGCCUUCCGCCGCCUCGACUGGACGCGCGCGCGCCAGGGCCGGGAGACGGUGCUGCCGCUCACCAUCAAGGAGCAGAACAAGUACAUCACGGUGAGGGCGUGA